AUGGAGAUAGAGAACGAGGAAGACAAGCCAACAUUGGUUGAUUCAGGAGGAGACUUCGACUGCAACAUAUGUUUGGAUCAGGUUCGAGACCCGGUCGUGACUUUAUGUGGCCACUUGUUUUGUUGGCCCUGCAUUUACAAGUGGACUUAUUCCUCCAACAAUUCUAGACGACCCAUCGAUCAAUACGAUAACAAGGAAUCUCCAAAAUGUCCAGUCUGCAAAUCCGAUGUCUCGGACGCCACACUUGUCCCGAUCUACGGCCGGGGACAGAAAACUCCCCGGUCCGGUUCAAUCGUACCGAACAGACCAUCUGGUCCGGUUUAUGACUUGAGAAGAGUUGGUCAAGUACAACGUUCAGAAGUAGGGGAGAGUCAACGGUACAUGUAUAGAAUGCCUGAUCCGAUUAUGGGUGUGGUAUGCGAAAUGGUAUACCGGAGACUAUUUGGAGACUCGUCGUCGAGCAACGUGGCGCCGUACGGGAACGACCGUGACACGAGUCUCCGGUUGAGACGGCGGACAAUGCAGACGGAGGAGUCACUAAGCAGAGUCUACUUGUUCCUGCUUUGCUUCAUGGUUAUGUGUCUACUUCUCUUCUAA